UCUCCUUAAACCAAUCCUUCGCUUCUCAAUCUGCCUCCUAAAACCAACAAUUUUCUGUCUUCAUUUUCUCUUUUAACUCUCUCUCUCUCUCUCUCUCUCUAAUGGCUCGAUCAAGCGCUGUCGUUUUGGUGCUUAUGGCUGCCCUUUUGGUGGCCUCAACAAGGGCACAAUCCCCUGCAUCUUCACCAGCCAAGUCCCCUGCCUCUGCCCCUUCUCCUUUGAGCACUCCACCUGCUGCCUCUCCUUCUCCUUUGGGCACUCCACCCUCAGCUGCUCCUUCAACAGCUCCCGUCGCAGACUCUCCACCUUCUCCCCCAUCGUCUUCCCCUAAAUCUCCCGCCACCUCUCCCUCUACUUCGGUGUCGGGAUCGCCCUCGGAAGCUCCUGCUCCCAACGGCUCCGUUUUGAACAGGUUCUCCAUCGCCGGAUCGGUGGCCGUUGGGGUUUUCGCUGCCGCAUUGCUUGUGUAAACAGGGAAUCUCAGACUAUAAGGCCAUGAGAACAGAGGGGUUCUAUGAAUUUUUUAAUCAUUUGUUUUAUUGUUUUUAAUUUCCCAUUUAAUUCAAU